CAACUGUGCCUUCUGAGAGCCAUCACCCCUGUUGAAAACAUGGCCACAUCUCAUCCACACACACAUUCUCCAAUUCUGAUAACACGAACCACCCACAGGCUACAAUCCACUUCAUUUUGCUCUUCUCGUUCUCUCUCUUUCUGGAUUCUAUCCAUAAGCAAAUCAGAAAAAAGCCCAGAAAAAAAAAAAAAAUCCAAAAAGAUGAGUGUGGCAUCUUCAAUUCCAUGCAUCAAAAUCCCAACUACUUCUUCUUCUUCAUCUUCUUCAUCAUCUUCUUCUUAUUAUAGAUUCUCUGCCACCAAGCCUGCUAUAUUCACCAUAAGGAGCUCCCAAACUGAAGGCCCACUCAGGAGACCUGUGGCUCCCCUUAGAGAACCUGCCCCUUCUCCUCUUCCUCCUAAACCCAUCCCCCCUUCUCCCUCUCCUUCUUCUGCUUCUCCUCCUCCAUCACCCCCACCCCCACCAUCUGCCUCUGUGGACAAGAAUGUGGUCACUCUGGAGUUUCAGAGGCAGGUAGCUAAGGAGCUUCAGGAUUAUUUCAAGCAGAGGAAGCUUGAGGAGGCCAAUCAGGGUCCUUUCUUUGGCUUCAUUGGCAAGAAUGAGAUUUCCAAUGGAAGAUGGGCAAUGUUCGGUUUUGCUGUUGGGAUGCUAACAGAGUACGCAACAGGCUCAGACUUUGUUGAUCAAGUAAAGAUCCUUCUCUCCAAUUUUGGGAUAAUAGAUCUGGAAUGACCCAUCUACUGGAUCUUCAAUGUCAUCAAUACUUCCUCAUUGUUGUAAUCUCUGUAACCGCAUCAAAUGUUUCAUCAGCAACUUCUUUUGGGUAAAUUUGUUAAAUAUUUGUUUGCUUGAUUCACUCCUUUGCUAUAAGCUGUAUACUUGAAUUGAAAAAUACAAGUUCCUUCAUUUUGCUUUACA